UCCCAAAUUUUGCUCUUUUAGAGAGAGAAAGUAGAGAGAGAGAAAGAGACGAAAUCGAGAGAAAGAGAGAGAGCACAGAGUUCCACGAAUUUUCCAUCUUUAAUGGAGCCAAAUCAAUGGCGUGAUUCUUCUCCCUUCGUGUUAUGAUCUCCAAAAGAUCGAUCUUAUUUCUAAAUUCAGUUCCUCUAUAUCGAUUUCUCCAAAUUUGAAACCCUAACCCUGAUUUCAUCGCAAUCGAUCCAAAUGCUUGUUUGAAUCGUUCAAAAAAGGAGAAAUCUACACUUUUCAAUCGAUUUUUUUGUCGAGGAUUUAUCGCUUUCCAGAAGUUUUAGAUCGAAAAAAUGCCGUCGCACGCGGAUCUAGAUCGACAGAUCGAGCAGCUGAUGGAAUGUAAGCCGUUGUCGGAGGGAGAAGUGAAGACUCUAUGUGAUCAAGCGAGAGCGAUUUUGGUGGAAGAAUGGAAUGUGCAGCCGGUCAAGUGUCCGGUCACCGUUUGCGGCGAUAUUCAUGGACAGUUUUACGAUCUCAUUGAGCUUUUUCGCAUUGGAGGAAAUGCUCCUGAUACAAAUUAUCUUUUCAUGGGAGAUUAUGUAGAUCGUGGAUACUACUCAGUUGAGACUGUCACUCUCCUGGUGGCUUUGAAGGUUCGUUACAGGGAUAGAAUUACAAUCCUUAGAGGAAAUCAUGAAAGCCGGCAAAUAACUCAAGUGUAUGGUUUUUAUGAUGAAUGCUUAAGGAAGUAUGGAAAUGCUAAUGUCUGGAAGCAUUUUACUGAUCUUUUCGAUUACCUACCUCUUACAGCUCUUAUUGAGAGUCAGGUUUUCUGUUUGCAUGGAGGUCUUUCACCAUCUUUGGACACAUUGGACAACAUCCGAGCCUUGGAUCGUAUACAGGAGGUUCCUCAUGAAGGACCUAUGUGUGAUCUGUUGUGGUCUGAUCCUGAUGAUCGGUGUGGUUGGGGAAUAUCUCCUCGUGGAGCUGGCUAUACUUUCGGGCAGGAUAUAGCAGCUCACUUUAACCACACCAAUGGACUUACUCUUAUAUCCAGAGCCCACCAGCUUGUGAUGGAAGGUUUUAAUUGGUGUCAGGACAAAAAUGUAGUAACAGUUUUUAGUGCACCAAAUUACUGUUACCGUUGUGGAAACAUGGCUGCAAUCCUUGAGAUUGGGGAGAACAUGGAACAGAACUUCCUCCAAUUCGACCCUGCACCUCGGCAGAUUGAACCCGACACCACUCGGAAGACCCCUGACUAUUUUUUGUGAUUUCAGUAGCUCCUUCGGAUGUUUGUAAACUCUUUACCCCUCGUGUUGCUGUAGAUUUAUUUGAAAGAGAGGAAUUUGGUUGUUUGAGGAUCAGUGUCAGCAUCAUUCUUUGCUUUGGAGUGGUCUUUUGCUACUGCUGUCAUUGUUCAAGAUACCCACAGAAUCGAAGUUUCGAGUAGCUUAUAUGUAUAUUUUUCAGCAGGAAAGCAAGUAGCAGUGAUAAUGGUAAUAUCUAUUGUAAUUUUACUAAAUCAAGUUAGAAGGCAAGGUUUCAGUAUGUUGGUCCCAAUUUUCGCCAACUCCUCAAGGGCGACUGGAAUAUGCGGUUGAGGAUAUAAUAAGCUGUAGGGCUUGGGAUUUCCAGAGGCAUAGCUGUUCAAAUUUUCCGAAAUUUGAACGUGAAGAUCAUCCUACUCAUGCUAGUCUGCAGCUGUUUUAUUUUUGAAUGUUUUGAUUAUUCAAGUAUACCUCAUAACUUGUUCAAUUUCAUUAUGAAGCAUAUUUUAAGUACUAUUCCUACUAGUUAUGAAAUCAUGUUCAAUUUGUAUCAUAGAAUUAAAUUUAUUAUGAUUAGGUUGUUUGUAUUUAUGUAA